AUGGAUAGGAGAAGCUUCAGACAAGAAUUUCACAGUGUCCAAGAAAUGGAGGAUAUGAUUAAGACCUGCCAGUCAGACCUGAGUUGCAAACUGAAAACACCUCCAGAAGAGAAAUCCUAUGAAUAUGAGGAAUGUAGCACCUUUUCCACCCAGAGGUCGGCUCUCAGCAGGCAAAAGAGAACUCACACAGAAGUGAAACCUUAUGAAUGUAACAGAUGUGGAAAGACCUUCAAGUGGGCAUCACACCUCCAUAGGCAUAACAGACUUCACACAAGUGAGAAACCUUAUGAAUGUAAUGAAUGUGGAAAGUCUUUCACCCAGAAGACAAACCUUAAUGUCCACCAGAGAACACACACAGGAGAGAAACCUUAUGAAUAUAAGAAAUGUGAAAAAUCCUUCACCCAGAAGUCACAUCUCAAUACACAUAGAAGAAUUCAAACAGGUGAGAAACCUUAUAAAUGUAACAAAUGUGGAAAGUCUUUCAGACGUGAGUCAUACCUCACUGUGCAUCAGAUAACACACACAGGAGAGAAACCUUAUGAUUGUAACGAAUGUGGAAUGUCUUUCACCAAAAAGGCAGAACUUACUGUUCAUCAGAAAACACACACAGGAAAGAAACUUCAUGAAUGUAAGAAAUGUAAAAAGUCUUUCACCUGGAAGUCACAUCUCAAUACACAUAUAAGAUUUCACACAGGUGAGAAACCUUAUGAAUGUAACAAAUAUGGAAAGUCUUUCACACAGAAGUCAUACCUCACUUUUCAUCAGAGAACACACACAGGAGAGAAACCUUAUGAAUGCAACAAAUGUGGAAAGACUUAUUUCCAUAAGUCAGCUCUCAAUCAGUAUCAGAGAAGUCACACAGAAGAGAGAACUUAUGAAUGCGACAAAUGUGGAAUGUUUUUCAGACUGAAGUCAUACCUCACUUCACAUCAGAGAAGACACACAGGAGAGAAACCUUAUGAAUGUAACAGGUGUGGAAUGUCUUUCACCUGGACGUCACAACUUACUAUCCAUCGGAAGACACACACAGGAGAGAAACCUUAUGAAUGUAACAGGUGUGGAAAGCAUUUCACCCGGAAGACACAACUUACUGCCCAUCAGAGAACACACACAGGAGAGAAACCUUAUGAAUGUAACAGGUGUGGAAAGCAUUUCACCCGGAAGACACACCUUAAUGAUCAUCAGAGAACACACACAGGAGAGAAACCUUAUGAAUGUAAUGUGUGUGGAAAGUCUUUCACCCGGAAGACACACCUUACUGAUCAUCAGAGAACACACACAGGAGAAAAACCUUAUGAAUGUAACAUGUGUGGAAAGUCUUUCAUCAAGAAGGCAAACCUUACUGUCCAUCAGAGAACACACACAGGAGAGAAGCCUUAUGAAUGUGUCAAGUGUGGAAAGUGUUUCAUGAGGAGGGCAGAUCUUAAUGUCCAUCAGCAAAAACACACUGGGGAAAAACUUUAUGAAUGUAACAGGUGUGGAAAGUCUUUCACCCGGAAGACAGAGCUUAACAUCCAUCAGAGAAUACACACAGGAGAGAAACCUUAUGAAUGUAACAGGUGUGGAAAGCCCUUUACCCAGAAUUCACACCUCAUCAAGCAUAAGAGAAUUCACACUAGAGAGAAACCUUAUGAAUGUAACAUGUGUGAAAAGAUUUUCACCUGUAAGGCAUAUCUUACUGUCCACCAGAGAAUCCACACAGGAGAUAAGCCAUAUGAAUGUAACGUGUGUGGAAAGUCUUUCACUCAGAAUUCACACCUUACUGUCCACCAGAGAAGACACACAGGAGAUAAACCUUUUGAAUGUAACAUGUGUGAAAUGUCUUUCACCACGAAGUCAAACCUUACUAUCCACCAGAGAAGACACACAGGAGAUAAACCUUUCAAAUGUAACAUGUGUGAAAUGUCUUUCACCACGAAGUCAAACCUUACUAUCCACCAGAGGACACACACAGGAGAGAAACCUUAUCAAUGUAACACGUGUGGAAAGUCUUUUACCCAGAAGGCAUACCUUAUUGUCCACCAGAGAACACACACAGGAGAGAAACCUUAUACAAAUGACUUACUUAUUCCAGUUCAGUUUUGA